AUGUCGACUACACAACGAAGUGAGAAUAUAAAUGCGUUUUUUGAUGGAUAUGUGAACUCAAAGACAUCUUUAAAGCAAUUUGUUGAACAAUAUGAUAAUGCUUUGAAAAGUAAGGUUGAGAAAGAGAUGAAAGCAGACUUUAAAUCUCGAAACAAAUUGUAUGAUUGCUUAACGGUAUAUGAGUUUGAGAAGCAAUUUCAUGCAGCCUACAUGAAUGUAAAAUUUAAAAAAGUACAAGUAGAAUUGAAGCGACUAUUGUAUUGUCGUGCGAAUCUUGUCAAAGAGGAGGGAGCAAUUUGUACUUAUCAUGUGAAGGAGGUUGUUCUUGUUGGUGAGAAAAUGAAGACUGUGGAAUUUGUUGUGUACUUUAAUGCAAGUGAAUGUGAAUUGCAUUGUAUGUGUCGGUGGUUUGAGUUUAGGGGCAUUAUGUGUGCCCAUGCAAUUACUGUGCUACUUGAGAGGUGUAUAUAUCAAGUGCCAGAUAAAUACAUUGUAUCAAGAUGGAGAAAAAAUAUCGAAAGAGGGUACACAUGCAUUCCAACCGCAUACACUAAAGCCGGGGAUAUUCUUAAUGCAAAGUUGUAUGAUAAAUACCACAAGAUGUUGGUUGAAAUCAUAGAAAUUGCUGCCAACGAUGAUGGUAAACACGAAGUGCUUGAUCUUGGGUUGAUAAAAAUCAAGGAUAAAGUGAGAAAAGAUCAAUCAGGUAGUGCGAGUCAUGUACCACUUUCUGCUAGUAAUGUACCACAUUCUUAUAGUUCGCUGAAAAGUCCGUCUGCUCGUAGUACUACAAAAGCAAGCAUGUCUCGCAGGAUGCUUAGUCCUAUGGUUGCUCGUCGAAGAGGACAUCCAUGUACCAAGCGGAAGGUUAGCAAAGUGGAUGAAAUAGUGAAUCGGUUGAAGAGAAAGAGUAAAAAGCCUCCAAAAACACAGGGACGUACGAUUCCUCAAUGUCAGCCUCGGAAGUUAAAUUUUCCUGGUACAGAUGAUAUGCAAUACAAUACUUAUCAUGACCCGUUUACCACAUUUGGAUUAAAAGAAUAUCAGAGCUAA